AUGUCGAAAGAACAGCCUACCUCUUCAGUCUCUGGUGUUCCUGUCGAAGAUCCAGCGCCGGUUAGCUUGCUUGUGGACUGCGAAUUUGGUUCUAUCCCAAUGGACUCCAACUUAUGGAAGAAAAGAAAGGGCCUCCACGAUGUGGUUGUUGAUGCCGUUCCUCUUCAAGAGCUUGGCACUGAGGACUAUGGAAAUACGAAGGAUGCAUUCCUGGUGGACCUUGCCGUGCUCGAGGCUGGUGUUACACAGGUUUGGGGGAAAUAUGGGAUUAUAAAAUUCAUUCCGUUGAGCAGCGAUGAUCCGAUUGUCUUACAACAAUCGGCAAAAGACCUUGACUUGAAGAAAGCUCUUUGUUAUCAGCACCUACGCUCAAAAUACGUAUAUAAGGGUAACAGAACGAAAGAGUUAGCAGCAGUUUUAGGAUACGAGAUGAAUAAGGGUUUGACCGACUAG